AUGGGAGGGCCACCACCACCUCCCCCUCCUCCGCCCCCGGGGGGUCUACCAUCUAAGAAAGCUGUGACCGGCGCAGGACGUGGCGCAUUGCUCGGCGAUAUCCAGAAGGGCAGGGCCCUCAAGAAGGCCGUUACGAACGAUCGAUCGGCACCGCUGGUUUCGGCACCGUCUGGCGGAGGGGCGGCUCCCCCGAUAGGAGGAGCACCACCGGUCCCAGGCUUGGCUCCGCCCGUGCCUGGAGGUAGCAGAUUACGGAGCAACAGUGACCAAGGGAGCCGAGAUAGCGGCGCGGCAGCGGCAGUAGCGACAGAUUCGGCACCACAGUUGGGAGGCCUGUUCGCCAGCGGCAUGCCGAAGCUGAAGAAGCGCGGCGGUGGUGUGAAUACAGGUGCGGAUAGCGGAGCUUCAUAUCUUUCGGACUCGGAAGCAACAAAACGAUCAUCGGCUCCGAAACCACCAUCCUUCGGUGCCCCCAAACCACCGGGCGGAGCUGCUCCCGCGAUCCCCGGCCGGCCGGUUCCACCUGCACCCGGAGGACUGCCGUCCCUUCCGUCGAUAGCGAACUUGAGGAAGACCCCAAGUGAUGUCCCGCGGCCUAUGUCCUCGGCGUCCAUGAAGGCGCCUCCGCCCUUACCCCUAGGCAAGAAGCCGCCGCCCCCGCCUGGCUCUCGCAAGCCGUCAGGGGCACCACCUGUACCAGGUGCACCUCCUCCUCCACCAGUCUCAGCGCCGGCCCCGCCAGCUCCCCCUCCGCCGCCACCGUCAUCAGCUCCAGCUCUGCCUUCGGCGCCGCCUCCAGCCCCCGCGAGGUCACAACCCCCGCCUCCUCCCCCAGGAAAUGGGGUGUCGCAAAAUAUCGCCCUCCAAGCUGCCAUCCGCGCAUCAGGCGGUUCGUCACCAUCAGCUGCGCCUCCAGCUCCUCCACCGCCGCCCCCGGCAGCCGCUCCCUCGCCACCUUCGUCAGCGCCGCCUCCACCCGCUGCUCCACCCAGCCGGCCGCGCGCAGCUUCAAACCUUCGCACCUCCAUGUUGGACCCCAGCGCCUACACGCUGUCGCACAACGGUAGCACCAAGUCGCCCUCGCCGACCAGGUCUAGCUCGACGGCAGGCUUUGCGAGCCCGGGCGGCGGCGGCGGCGGCGGGCGGUUCGUGGUCGAGGACAAGCGGUGGCGCUUCACCGACGAGGCCCAGCUGCCGAAGCCGCGGCCGUUCCAGGGCGGGGCCAAGAAGUACCGGGCUGGAAGGGGCAGCAGCGUGCCGCUGGAUCUGAGUGCGUUCUAG